CUGGAAAGUUCUACAUUCUUCUCCCUUUUUACUAACCUCUGUUUUCUGGACUCAUCUUUAUCCUUCUCCUAAUAUAAUAAUAACACGAAACACUUCUCACACCACCAAAUCCCAAAAUUCCAAAACACAGAAGUUAUCCUCUACAUAAAUAAAUAAUCCUUGUUUUAUACUAGUAUUUAUUUUUUUCAAAUUUAUAAGUUGAAGACGUGGUGAAGAAGCCAAAUUUAGAAGGAUGGGUGUAGAUUAUUAUAAGAUAUUGGGUGUUGAUAAGAAUGCUAAAGAUGAUGAUUUGAAGAAAGCUUAUAGAAAAUUGGCUAUGAAAUGGCAUCCUGAUAAGAACCCAAAUAACAAGAAAGAAGCUGAAGCUAAAUUCAAACAGAUUUCUGAAGCCUAUGAGGUGUUGAGUGAUUCCCAAAAAAGGGCAAUAUAUGAUCAGUAUGGGGAAGAAGGUCUUAAAGGGCAAGUGCCACCACCAGAUGCUACUGGUGGACCUGGUGGAGCUACAUUUUUCCAUACAGGUGAAGGGCCAAAUGUGUUUAGAUUCAAUCCAAGAAAUGCCAAUGAUAUCUUUGCUGAAUUUUUUGGGUUUUCGAGUCCAUUUGGUGGGGGUAUGGGAGGUGGUCCUGGUGGUGGGAUGGGGGGUGGACCUGGUGGGAUGAGAGGUACAAGGUUUUCCAGUUCAAUGUUUGGGGAUGAUAUUUUUGGUUCAUUUGGAGAAGGCAGACCAAUGAGUUCAGGUUCACGGAAGGCGCCACCGAUCGAAAGAACAUUGCCUUGUAGUCUAGAAGAACUUUAUAAGGGGACAACCAAGAAGAUGAAGAUCUCUAGAGAGAUUGCUGAUGCAAGUGGGAGAACUUUACCAGUAGAAGAAAUUUUAACGAUUGACAUCAAACCUGGCUGGAAAAAGGGAACUAAGAUUACAUUCCCAGAGAAAGGAAACGAAGAGCCAAAUGUCGCCCCUGCAGAUCUCAUGUUCAUAAUUGAUGAAAAACCGCACAGUGUCUUCACAAGGGACGGGAAUGACCUCGUGACCAAUCAGAGAAUCUCACUUGCUGAAGCAUUAGCAGGCUACACGGUGCAUCUAACGACGCUUGAUGGAAGAAAACUGACUAUUCCAAUCAACAAUGUAAUACAUCCAAACUAUGAAGAGGUAGUCCCAAGGGAAGGAAUGCCAAUACCAAAAGAUCCUUCAAAGAGGGGGAAUUUGAGGAUCAAGUUCAACAUCAAGUUCCCUGCAAGGUUAACAGCAGAACAGAAGACUGGAAUUAAGAAGUUGCUUACUUCCUAGGCCAAAUUGUUUACGAUCGGCGCCCAUAGCAUCUUUACAGUCCGUGUUCUGUUUUAGUCCUUUUUAAUUUUUUCUUUCUUUCUUGGGGUAAUUGGUUCCCUUGUAGUAUAUCUCUAUAUUCUAGCUACAAAUUGCGUGUGUAAGUCAAUAAAAAUAUGUGAUAGUAAUAAAAGGAUUUUGACA